AUGUCAGUGUUUCCAGAUCUAUCGAGCACUUCAUUCCCUGCUCUCAAGGAAUGCUCUGACUCAUUAAAAGUCUGGAAUCUUCAGGAAUUGUAUGAUUUUUCCUCCUCCGAAUACAAAACUGCAUGGGAAUCAAAUAUUGAUCAUCAUGAUAAGCUAUCAUGUGUUUAUCAUGAUUGCGUCUAUUUGCAAUCAUUAAAUAAUUUUUCUUUUAAUCAUGCUGAUGAGAGGGAUGGAAGAUUGAUUUUAAUUAAUUUGAAAACAAAAACGAAUCGAACAAUUCCAGUGAGAGGGCUUCAUUGUACAAAGGUUGAUCGGGAUGGGAAGGUGAUAUUGAUUAGUUCUGAUAGGAAGUCGUUGCAGGUUUUUCAUUUGGAAAUGAAGAGUAAAAUAGCUGACAUUCGGACAGAAAAAGAGUUUCAUUUUGCUGAUUGGUUGGAUAGUGAGAAUAUUGUGUUUGUGGAGGGAAGUUCAUUGUGUAAAUUGAAUAUUUCACAACAAGAUCAGCAGCAGGAAGUUAUUAUUGAGAAUAUUCCUGGUGAGUUCAAUAAGGAUAUUACCGGAGUGAUUUUUAAUAUGGAGAUGUGUGCCAUUCAAACAGUGAAGAAGGGAGAGUAUUCGUUCUAUUUGUACAAGUCAGAUUUAAAGGUAGGUCAAAUAGUGGGACCUAAUAAUGCAUUUGGUGUUUGCUUGAUGGAAGAUUCGAAAAAGUUGGUAUUGCUUUCUUCAAAUGGCUUAUUGUUUAAAGACCCUACUGUUGGAAAUAUAACUGAGCCAGUUUUGUUUUCAGAGAAGGCAUACAUGACACACUACUUUAAGGAGUCUCAAUUGGUUGCAUUUGUUGGGUAUAAGGGUGAUAGUGGUGUUAUUGACCUUUCUUCUAAAAAACUUAUUGCUAGACAUGAUUUCAAAACAGAAAUAGUGAACAGUUUCAAGACGGAUGAUAGUCUCGUUAUAGUUACAAAGGGAGGGAAAGUGAUUGAGUGCUGUUUUAAUGCAGAAUUCAUGUUACAUACGUAUAGAAACAACUACGAUGUGUCAACAGAAAUAAUGGCUUAUUGGAAACGCUUUUCAGAGAGCAAUAUUAAGGAUUUUAGACUUUCAUCAAUUCAAUCAAUCUUACCAUUACAGACUCCUCUGAACAAGUACAAUAGAGAUUACUAUAUUCCUCAUGGAGGUAUUCAUAUUUUCCAUCCGAUUAUUUCUUACUACUUCCCUUACAUGUAUCAGUGUGUAAUUAGAAACGAACUCUCCAUAGAAUACACAACUGAGGAGCAAAAUAUCAUUAAGGAUUUUGUUUCCUACCUGAUUUAUAGAGGCCAAGAUUUGAAAAUAGACAGAGACAAUUAUCUAAAGUGGAUGUUCAUAUUCGAUAGAUGUUGGUUUGAAUUUACAGAAUUGGAAUCAAAAAUUGUAACUCUUUUCAAUAAUGAUUUUGGUUUGAUUUUGCCAGAAAUUUCUCCCCUAUUGCAGACGUUAACCGAAUAUCAAUCCAGAAAUUUAAAUUUUGAAAAUGGUUUGUUACAAAAGUGUAUCAACUAUUGCAGAGAUACCAUGGAUGGCAAAGAAGUUUCACAAGUAGAACCUUUUAUUAAUGAACACAUUCCAAUUAGGUUGUCCAUCGAUUGUAUCUACAACCGCCAAGAUACUCAUGAUAUCACAUUGGUCGCUUAUGGAAGGAAAAUUGGAGCUCAUAAAACCGUUCUGGCAUCUACAAGUCCAAUAUUGGAAGUAAUGUUGGACGAGGAAGGAUCGUUCAAGAGUGAAGUCACAGAAAAUCAAGAGUUGGUGUUAGGUGGAGAAGAUCUUGAGAUACCAGAGAAAGAUAGAGAGAAGAAGGGAGAACUAUUCGAGUUACUUGUUAAAUUUUGCUAUACAUCAAGUGUAGACUGUUCUCCAGAGGAUGCAUUUCUAUUAUAUGAAAUGGCUGAUCAGUAUCAAAUUACUGAUCUCAAGACAUCUCUUGCAGACAAGAUCAUUGCACAAUUGAACCUUGACACAUUUAUGGAGAUAGUCAAAUGGAGUGAUAUUUUUGUACAAAUUUCAAACAAACAUCUGCACAGAGGAAUUCUCAAUUUUGCAUCCCUUAAUGGAAUGAAACUUUUAGAAUUAUAUUCAGAUCAAUUAGUUGCCUAUCCAGAAUUCCUUGUUAGAUUUCUCAAAUUUUCUUUUAAUGUUGAAUAA